AUGGGCAUCUUUAUUCGAGAUCUUUAUCGAAACAUAGAAAAACUUUAUUCUGAGCAAUCAAAUAGUUCUUAUGGUCCAGCAACAACAAUUACAGCCUACCGAGGCAAAACCAUGACUAAGCAAGACUUUGACAGUAAAAUUAAACAAGGUGGGCUGAUAUCAUUCAAUAAUUUCUUAUUAACAAGUGGUGACCGAAAUGCCGCCAUUCGUUUUAUUAAGGAAGGACAUGCAUUUACAAACAUUGAGAAUAAAAUUGGUGUUCUUUUCACAAUGAAAGUUGAUCGAUCGACUUCAUCAGCUGCAUUUGUCCGCAUCGACAACGUCAGUUAUUUACAGGCAGAAAACGAAGUUCUCUUUUCACUGCAUACGAUUUUUCGUAUCGGGAAAACCAAAGAAAUCGAAGAUAGCGGAAUGAUGUUGUGGCAAGUCAAACUUACACUCACCAGUGACAUUGACAACCAACGUCUCAGUGCUCUUACUAAACGAAUGCGAAAGGGAAUCAAUGGUGUAGAAUGGUUGCGAAUGGGGUCAUUGUUACAUAGACUGGGUAAGAAUGACAAGGCUGAGCAAAUGUACAUUAUGCUACUUGAACAGACACCUAAUGAGAGUGACAGAGGCGCUUGCUAUAAUAGUCUGGGACUGCUCAAAGAUGAUCAAGGAGAAUACAAAAAGGCGGUUGAGUUUUAUAAAAAAUCACUUGGUAUCUUGGAAAAAACUCUUCAUCCGGGCCAUCGCUCCUUGGCUACUUCCUACAAUAACAUUGGAUUGGUGCAUGAUAGCUUGGGUGAGUAUUCAGACGCACUUUUAUCGCACAAAAAAACACUCAAUAUCUUCGAAACAACUCUGUUUUCGAACCAUCCGUCUUUGGCUACCUCCUACAACAACAUUGGUACGGUGUAUUAUAACAUGGGUGAAUACUUGAAAGCACUUUCAUUUUAUAAAAAAGCACUCAAUAUCUUCGAAAAAACUCUCGUUCCGAACAGUCCUCUGCUGGGUACUUGCUACAACAACAUUGGUUCGGUGUAUAACAAAAUGGGUGAGUACUCGAAAGCACUUUCCUGUUACGAAAAAACACUUGACAUCGAGUACAGAGUCUUCUCUCCAACGCAUCCGCAUAUUGCACAAUCGAAAAGAAACAUUGAACUGAUGAAACAGAAAUUGUAAUUGAAUUUUUUUUUCGUGUUACAGCAAAUAAACUUCGUUCAACGUUUGCCGAUAUUGCUUAUCAAUUUUUUUCCUAUGCAACAUUUUUAUUCAUGCGUGCGAGAAAAGAGAUAGCCCCAGGCUCUCCUAGAGUGGUAAGUGAGCGAAACUACACUCUAACAAAAUAGGUUUAUUACUGAAUCCUACAAGUUUCGCACUUGCAUACGGAACUUUUCUAGGAUUUGUAAAAGGCGACAAAUUAAAUGUUCAGUAUUUUAUUGUAAAUGUUCAGUAAAAUUUGUUCAGUAUUAUAUACACAUUUUCAGUAAGGAAAUCAAACUGUCAGUGUAAAAUUUAAUGUUCAGUAACUAUUACAAUUGUUCAGUUAACUAAUUGUUUGCUCAGCAUUAAAACUAAAGUUUCAGUAAUUAAUUAAGUUUGCUGUUUCAAAAAUACAUUUCCUCAGUAAAAAGUAGUAUUUUUAUCAGUAACCACCUAUUUCUUCGAUGAAAAUAUUUUGAUGUAAAUAGAAGAACAUUUGUCCAAAUGACUGAUGAUGACGUCAUCAGGCAAAAGAUACUUAUGUUGCAUAGUUUCCGUCGAUAAUCAUGUACAUAUAUUGUCCUACUUAUCGAUAUCAUCUUUUCUUGACCUACCUUUUACAUUUGAUUAUAUAGUUGUUCAAUAUUUUAAGUUAUAUAUAGGCUGGUAGCAGCUCACAGUUUUUAUUCCAGUUGUGAAAAAAAACUGAUUAACACACCCAGUUCGGUAGAAAAAGCUGAUUUAAAUAUCCAGUUCUUUUCAAAAAAACUGGUGACUAGUUCGAGUUCUUUUCAAAUCAGCUGGUGACU